GUUUGGCGAGUCGGUUGUAUACUAGCUACUUAGUAGUAGCUCGUUGUAGCUCGGCGUCCACAUGUGGGCGCUUGUUUGUGCGUCUUGGUCCACCGUCGCCCAACUUGAUGAUGAUGUUGUCCCUCCGACCGCAGUCUACUUGAAACCAACUGCGUCGUACUACCCGGAAGUGUCAGGUUUGUCAAACCCAUGUCGACUAGCAGGGUUGCUGACAGCGCGGAGAUGCGCAACCGUCAUCUCCAACUGGCACUGGCAGGUAAGUCAAACUGAACGAGUUGAACGAGGCACCUUGAACCUGCCUUGAGGAGAAAGUGUUACGUUCACUAAAUAGUCGUAAAAUGGAGUCCGAGGAGUCGAUACUACUUUCUUCAAGCUUCAAGCUCCAC